AUGGCCUCCAAUUUUAAGAAGGCAAACAUGGCAUCAAUUGCCCAGCGAAAAAGGUUGAGUCCUAAGCCAGAGCUUACUGAAGAGCAGAAGCAGGAAAUCCGGGAAACUUUUGAUCUCUUUCAUGCUGAUAGAACUGGGACCGUAGAAGUUAAGGAACUAAAGGUGGCAAUGAGGGCCCUAGGCUUUGAACUUAAGAAAGAAGAAAUCAAGAAAAUGAUAAGUGAAAGUGACAAAGAAGGGACAGGAAAAAUGAAUUUUAGAGAUUUUUUGACUGUGAUGACUCAGAAAAUGUCUGAGAAAAAUACGAAAGAAAUUCUGAAAGCUUUCAAGCUCUUCCAUGAUGAUGAAACUGGAAAGAUUUCAUUCAACAAUCUGAAGCGUGUGGCCAAAGAGUUGGGCAAGAACCUGACUGAUGAGGAAAUGAUUGAUGAAGCUGAUGGAGAUGGAGACGGAGAGGUCAAUGAGCAGGAGUUCCUGCGCAUCAUGAAAAAGACCAGCCUCUAUUAAGAUCAGUAUCUUCUCUUCUAUUGCAAGCACACGUGACUAGAUUUAGUGCCUGCCAUUGUGUGAAAUCUGGCUUUUGAGAAC